AUGCAAGAACUCUGGAGAGAGGGAAAGGCCUGGGAUGAAGAACUCAGCGACUCCGCUCAACGUCAAUGGAUAGAACUGCGUGACAACCUCGAAGGUCUUGGGCAGCUUAGUGUUCCACGAUGGGUAAUAGCCACUCCGUCUGCCGUAUCAUUGCAGUUGCACGGCUUCUGCGAUGCCUCUACGCGUGCCUAUGGUGCAUGCAUCUACGUCCGAGCAGUCUUGUCGAACGGUGACAUCUUUGCCAACCUGCUCACUGCCAAGUCUAAAGUGGCCCCACUUGGAAACUGUAAACGAAAUCCCACGAUCUGCCUGCCUCGACUCGAGCUCUCUGCUGCUCUGCUUCUUAGCCACCUUUUCGAAAAGGUUGAAUCCAGUGUGAAUCUUCAGGCGAAAGGUUUCUUUUGGACAGACUCGACAAUAGUAUACCACUGGCUGUCAUCGAGCCCAUCGCGUUGGAAAACCUUUGUGGCAAACCGGGUCUCGGAGAUCCAGCAAUUAACGGCCAAAGGAAUCUGGGGACACGUACCUGGCUUGGAAAAUCCCGCUGACGUCAUAUCCCGUGGAAUGUCUCCCAACGACUUGAAGGAUUUCGGUGCAUGGUGGAAUGGUCCUGACUGGCUUCGUCAACCAUCUAGAUUUUGGCCUUCACUUAGUGCUCCAGUACAACCAGAGUGUCCACCGGACCAGUUAGAAGAAAAAUCUAUAGCCCUACCGGUUCAAGUUUUACCUCCCAAUGAAUUAUUUUCGUUAUAUUCCUCGUUUACAAAGCUCCUACGUAUCACUACGCUGAUUCGCAGAUUCAUUCACAACUCAAACCCACAGAAUCGAGACGUACGUCGUAAUGGAUUCGUCACCACGGCUAAACUCCGUGAAGCAACGGAAAAUCUCGUUAGAAUCGCACAGGUACUUACUCAAGAUUUCGCAGACAUAGCACGCGAUGGACAGGUCAAAAAGAACUCAAGGCUGAAGGCUUUAUCUCCGCUGUUAUCCAAUGGCAUAUUGCGCGUCGGUGGCCGGCUGAGAAACGCUCCAGUAACAUACAACCAACGUCAUCCGAUGAUUCUUCCAAAUAGACAUCCGCUUACUGACCUGAUCCUGAAAUUUUAUCAUCUCAACAAUUUCCAUGCUGGACCUCAGCUAAUGACAGCAGUAGUUCGGGAACGAUUCUGGCCACUUCGUGUUCGCGAUCUCGCUCGGCAGGUAGUGCAUUCCUGUGUAAAAUGUUUCCGUUGCAAACCAGAAGUUAUGGAACAGCUCAUGGGAGAACUACCACCAGAACGGGUAACGCCAGCCUUUCCAUUCCUUCGAACGGGAGUCGACUACUGUGGACCCUUUUUCUACCGCGCGUUACAACGAGGACCUCCAGUGAAAUGCUAUAUUGCUAUCUUCGUAUGUCUGGUAACCAAGGCUGCGCACGUUGAAUGUGUUGCAGAUCUAUCAAGCCAGGCAUUCAUUGCCGCUUUAAAACGCUUCGUAGCCCGACGGGGCAAACCAGACCUGAUCGAGUGCGACAAUGCUCUAAACUUCAGAGGUGCCAAGCGCGAGCUAGAUGAGCUCGUUCGGUUGUUCGGAUCUCAGCAUCAUCAACACCUCAUAGCUAGCAGCUGUGCCGACGAUGGCAUCACGUUCAAGUUCAUACCACCGAGGUCUCCAAACUUUGGCGGGCUCUGGGAGGCCGCCGUAAAGUCUCUCAAGAAGCAUCUCCGGAGCACUCUUAACAACGUUAUCCUAUAUCUGCACAAUUUCUUGACUCUAAUCACGCAAAUUGAAGCCUGUCUCAAUUCUCGCCCACUCACACAGCUUACAGCUGACCCCAACGACCUGGAGGUGCUCACUCCUGGGCAUUUUCUGGUUCACCGGGCGCUUACCGCUGUUCCCGAGCCUAGUUUGGAAGGCACACCAAUGAAUCGCCUCGACAGAUGGCAGCAGACACAAGAGUACGUCCGUCGUAUUUGGAAACAAUGGCAGACUGAUUACCUCUCUGGGCUGCAACCUCGGACACGCUGGACCCAGCAACGGGACAAUGUCAACCUGGACACGAUGGUUCUCCUGAAGGACGAAAAUCUUCCACCGCUCAAGUGGAGACUGGGACGCGUGACGCAAGUAUUCAGGGGCGAUGACAACAACAUUCGUGUAGUCACAGUCCGGACGAAAGAAGGCGAAUUCCGGCGUGCCAUCACGAAAAUCUGCGUAUUACCCAUCCAACAACCAAGCGGAGAUCCGGCAUCGUCCGCUGAUGAGCAAGAAGGAAUCUAG